AUGGAAGAGUUCUUGGCCGAUUACGGACUGAUAUGGCUCGGCCCUGGAGCUUCGGACAGUCCCCGAACACAUCCUGCCUCCUCGCUGAAUGCGACAACCAUCGAAAUUUCCGGCCGGUCGCUUUCCAACAGAACAUUUGAUCUCCUACUUCUUUCCAUACAAACUUUAAAUGAGAGUAUCCAAGCAGACGAGGCAAAGGUCAUCUAUGCCGAGCAGACAUCUACUGCCUCCUCGGGGUCUCGCGUUGCCAGACUCGGUCGCACGGAACCAGUGCCACUUACCCUGUACGCUGAUGGCAUUAUCAUGUUUGCUGGACCCUUCCGCUGUUACACACAGACCUCUACCCUGCAGCUCUUGCAAGACAUCUUGGAUGGGUUCUUCCCAUCAGAAUUGCAAGCCCGCUAUCCCGAUGGUGUGCCCCUCCUAGUCAGUGACCGCCGCACUGAGUGGUAUCAGGAUCCAAAGGCAGACCAAACCGGAGAAGAUCCGGAACUUCGAUUCCUACUUCCAAGAAUAAAUGGGUCUACCACCUUCCUCGGCGAGGGUCACCGCCUCGGUGGCGAUUCCCGCGUCUCACGACUUGUCAAGAACAGUCCUCAAGUUGUGACACCACGGACGGAUGUUCGGAUCCGAAGCGAACAUUCGCCAACACGCACAACCCAGUCCGUGAAUGAGGAUCAACACCAGGACGGGCUGCCAUCCGCUUCAUCCCGCUGCACUCUCAACGAACUGCUUGCCCACCUUCCAACUUCAAAGUCACCAAAUUUGCGAACUCCCCAGAAGCCUCCUCCAGCCAUAAAUGAGCAGUUGUUGUCUAACGUGCUGGCAGAGACUGACUGGAACCUCAGCAACAACAACAGCAGCCACAACCGAAGCAAGAAGGUGUGGUUGAUUCUGGCGGUGUCAGUUCUAGGACUGCUGCUGUUGCUACCAUAUCACAAUCCAGUGGCUUGCGACGUGUCGUCCUCUCUGACCGAAGCCAGACGCUAG